AUGGACCUUCUCCUGCUCGGCAGCUCUCUUCUCUUCUCGGCUGUCGGACUGCUGGGCUCUGGAGACGACGGCUGGUCCAUGAAGGUGCAGCCGGAGGUGCGAGCCGUGGACGGCUACCCGGUGGUGCUGCCCUGCUCCUUCAGCCACCCCACCCACUCCCAGCACUCCUCCCUGAAGGUGCUGUGGCGCCUGGGCCACGGCCAGGGCGCCAGCGUGCUGUUCCGCUGCACCAGUCACCCCGGGCCCGCCGCCUGCGAGCCCGGGCCCGAGCAGGACCAGCGCUACCGGCUGGAGGGGAACCCCCGACAGCACGACCUGUCGCUGAGAAUCACCAGCGCCGCCCUGCAGGACAGCGGGCGCUACUACUGCCGGGUGGAGGUUCAGGGACAGGCCCACAUCAGCUUCGAGGACAAGAUGGGAACCAGGCUGAGAGUCGAGGCUCCUCCAAAGAUCCUGUCCCUGUGGGUGGAGGGCAGCGAGCAGGCCGGGUUCCGGGCGCUGUGCCGGGUGCAGGGCGCCCCCCUGCCGGACGUCCAGUGGCUCGGGCCCGACGACCUGCUGGAGGGCUCGCUGCUGGAGGGCUCGCUGCUGGAGGGCUCGCCGCUCGGACCCCUGGCCCAGGGGACGCCGGCCCACUACCAGACCGUCAGCCAGCUGCGGGACGUGCAGCCGGGGCAGCACUACACCUGCAGCGCCUCCAACCCGCUGGGCAAGGAGCAGGCCACCCUGUACGUCCUGCCCCCCCGGCCGCCGCUGGCCGUGGGCGGAGCCUCGCCUCCUCUGCUGCUGCUCCUGACGCUGUCGGUGGGGGCAAAGGUCAUCCUGCUGGUGGGGGUGGGGGUGUGGCUGGUGCAGGGCGGCGCUCUGCAGGUGGUCCGCUGCUGGUGGAAGUAA